AGGAGGCGAGGCGCCCGGCAAAGAACACACAGAAGAUGGAAGAAGGCGGAAAAAAAGGAUUUUAAUUUAAUUUUCUAAAAAAAAUUCAAUUUUAAUUCUUCAAAUUAGGCGUGAAAUAUAAAUAUCCCCUUCUUCUUCGUUCUCUCCCGCCAUGAAUAUGGCGCAUUUCGACACCGACCUCCCUCCUCUCGACCACCUUCACUCCACCAGAUCCCUCAUCUCUGCUCUCAAUUUACUCUCCCGGAAUCUCCCUCUUCCUCCCGACCUCUUUGAAACUGUUUCUUCCAUUUAUUCCGCUCCUCAGGAUCAAGAUCCCGCUACUCUCAGUGAUUCGGAUGAGCUUGGAGAUUCUGUUCAAGAAGAUCUAUUGAGUGACCUUGGAGAUGCUUUGGCUAAGCAACGUUCAAAUUUUGAAUCUGGUUCUGGGUUGGAACAAUUGAGAGAAGAACGUUAUCGAGGUCAAAUACAAUGGCGGUUGAAUGAUCUAGAAGAAUUACCUUCAAGUAGAGGGGAAGACCUACAGACGAAGUGCUUGCUUGAACUGUAUGGAUUAAAGUUACUAGAUUUGCAAAAAAAGGUACGAUCUGAUGUGAGUUCAGAGUACUGGCUUCAAGCAACUUGUGCAUACCCAGACAAACAAUUAUUUGAUUGGGGCAUGAUGCGAUUGCACCGUCCACCAUAUGGUGUAGGAGAUGCUUUUGCCAUUGAAGCUGAUGAUCAACUGCGAAAGAAGCGGGAUGCUGAGAGGACAUCAAGGUUAGAAGAGGAGGAGAAAAACCAAAUCGAAACUAGGAAAAGAAAGUUUUUUGCUGAGAUACUAAAUGCUGUUCGUGAAUUCCAUUUACAAAUUCAAGCUUCUGUAAAACGUCGGAAACAGAGAAAUGACGGAGUUCAGGCAUGGCAUGGAAGACAAAGACAACGUGCUACAAGGGCAGAAAAACUGAGGUUCCAAGCACUAAAGGCAGAUGAUCAAGAAGCUUACAUGAGAUUGGUUAAGGAGAGCAAGAAUGAACGAUUAACAACACUUCUUGAAGAAACAAACAAACUGCUUGUUAACUUGGGUGCUGCUGUUCAAAGACAGAAAGAUUCUAAACUCUCUGAUGGCAUUGAGACCCUGGAUGAAUCUGAUGUUGAUUUACAGGAAUUGGAUUCUUCAAAGAAUGCAACCCCUCAAGAACUACUCAUGGAUGAAGAUUUAGAUGCCACUGAUUCUGACCGCAAUUAUGAAAGUGGUGAUUUGCUUGAAGGACAGCGACAAUAUAACUCUGCCAUUCAUGCAAUUCAGGAAAAGGUCACCGAGCAGCCUUCCAUGCUACAAGGAGGAGAAUUGAGGCCCUACCAAAUAGAAGGACUUCAGUGGAUGCUUUCAUUAUUCAAUAACAAUUUAAAUGGAAUAUUGGCUGAUGAAAUGGGACUGGGAAAAACAAUACAAACAAUCUCAUUGAUUGCUUACCUCAUGGAAUACAAGGAUGUGACUGGACCUCAUUUAAUAGUUGCUCCCAAGGCAGUACUUCCAAACUGGAUUCAUGAAUUUACAACAUGGGCCCCAAGUAUCGCUGCUGUUCUUUACGAUGGACGUCAGGAGGAGAGAAAGGCUAUAAAGGAGGAGCUAUUGAGUGAAGGAAAAUUUAGUGUCUUGAUUACACAUUAUGAUCUCAUUAUGAGAGAUAAAUCAUUUUUGAAGAAAAUACACUGGUAUUAUAUGAUUGUUGAUGAAGGCCAUCGGCUGAAAAAUCGUGAUUGUGCUCUUGCACAAACACUUGCAGGCUACCAGAUCAAACGGAGACUUCUUUUAACUGGUACACCUAUCCAGAACAGUUUGCAGGAAUUAUGGUCCCUGCUUAAUUUUCUCCUGCCGCAUAUAUUUAAUUCUGUCCAGAAUUUCCAGGAGUGGUUCAAUGCACCAUUUGCAGAUCGGAGUGAUGUUACACUGACAGAUGAAGAAGAGCUAUUGAUCAUUCGCCGUCUGCAUCAUGUUAUUAGGCCAUUCAUAUUGAGGCGAAAAAAGGACGAGGUUGAAAAGUAUCUACCUGAAAAGUCACAAGUCAUACUAAAAUGUGAUAUGUCAGAAUGGCAGAAAGUAUAUUAUCAACAAGUAACUUCUAUUGGCAGAGUUGACACGGGUUCUGGCAAAUCGAAGUCCCUACAAAAUUUAACGAUGCAGCUGAGGAAGUGUUGUAAUCAUCCAUAUCUUUUUGUUUUGGGAGAUUAUAAUAUUUGGCGCAAGGAGGAGAUCGUCAGAGCUUCUGGGAAAUUUGAACUACUCGAUCGUCUGCUCCCGAAGCUACAUAGAACUGGGCAUAGAGUCCUGCUUUUCUCACAAAUGACUCGUCUUAUGGACGUUCUUGAAAUUUAUCUUCAACUCCAUGAGUUUAGAUAUCUUCGACUUGAUGGUUCGACAAAAACUGAAGAAAGAGGGUCUCUAGUGAAGCAAUUUAAUGCUCCAGACUCACCGUUCUUCAUGUUUCUCUUGAGUACUCGGGCCGGUGGUUUAGGUUUGAACUUACAGACUGCAGAUACUGUAAUUAUCUUUGACAGUGAUUGGAAUCCUCAAAUGGACCAACAGGCAGAGGAUCGAGCUCACCGUAUCGGACAAAAGAAGGAAGUAAGGGUGUUUGUCCUGGUUAGUGUUGGAUCAGUUGAAGAGGUUAUCCUGGAGCGUGCAAAACAGAAGAUGGGGAUUGAUGCCAAGGUUAUCCAAGCUGGACUUUUCAACACAACUUCAACAGCUCAAGACCGAAGAGAGAUGUUGGAGGAGAUUAUGCGCAGAGGAACAAGCGCACUUGGCACUGACGUGCCAAGUGAGAGAGAAAUCAAUCGCCUUGCAGCUCGAUCAGACGAAGAAUUCUGGCUUUUUGAGAAAAUGGACGAAGAAAGAAGACAGAAGGAGAAAUAUAGAUCUCGUUUGAUGGAAGAACACGAGGUACCUGAGUGGGUAUACUCGGUACCCGACGGUAACGAAGAGAAGAACAAGGGUUUGGAAAUUCUCAGUGUGGCUGGAAAACGAAGAAGAAAGGAGGUGGUUUAUGCUGAUACACUGAGUGAUUUGCAGUGGAUGAAAGCUGUGGAGAAUGGAGAAAUUCCAAACCUUUCUAUGAAAGCAAAUAGAAGAGAGACUCCCUCACGUGAAGGCAGUGUAUCAACCAGCAAUAUUGUCAGCUCAAGGGCAGAGGAUAAGCUGAUAGAAUAUGAUGAUAACGUGCCUGUAACGAGCGAGGGAACAAGCGAAGACAAUUCAGGUUUAGAACCAACCCCAAAGAGACAAAAGUCCGAAGGGGGGGUAAGUAUUAGAAAGCACGAAUUCUUGGCCGAAUCAGGAAGCGAAUGGAGUCGAUGCGUAAUAACAUGGAAAACACACAAGAAGAAGCGAUCGAGCUAUGUCCAAGGCUCCACAGAUUCUAGACAUAACUCCAAUGGAAGAGGAAACGGAUGGGCUUGAUUAUAGAGUCGAAACGUCAAGGGAGACCCCGUAAAUUGGAAAAUAGUGCCAUUACUUCAGCUUCCUUCCAAGUUCAGCUCAGGAAUUACAGAUUUAUCAGCUGAUUGAAUGAAGUUCUGAAGGAGAAGAAAUGAAUAACAGUGUGAUCCUUUUAAAGCACAAUGGCCAACUUCCAUCCAUUCAAUGUGUUUGUAAAACUUGUGGUGUUUUGUAGGUGUAGUAGACAUAUUGAUAUGCAUGCAUACUGUUCUCUGUCCACUGUUCUACUGUUCUAUAUAAAGCCUCUUCAUUAAUGGUAGGCUUUGACCUGAAAUGCUUAGAAAAUCUUCCCACUUUUCCA